UUUGCUAGUAGCCUAGCAUACUCCAUACAUAACUGACGCUAAGGCAAAACAACAAUUGCUUUCACAGUUUGUUUAACGUCACAAUAUGAGGUGUUGCUCAUCUUACUUUCCUCAUGAAUAGCGCAACAUUCAGGUGAAUUGGCCUCUCCGGGGCUAAAAAUACACACUCACCAAAUUAGACUGUGGUUGAGCUGCUGAAGCUAACGUUAGCUAACUGUAGCAGCUGCCAGGCUCUGUUACAGCAGCUGAUAGUUUGGGAACAGUUAGAGCAGAAAGAAUGGCUGAGGCAGUCGCAAAAGUGGCCCGGAGGAUUAAUGAAGCCGUAGAAGAGGGGAAAGAUAUGUUGGACCUGUCAAACUGCAAGCUCAUUUCUUUCCCCGACGGUGUGUUCAAGGUCCUGAGGAGUGUCUCAGACAACAUCCACGUUGUCACACUGGCUGACAAUGAGAUGAAGUCCAUUUCCAGCAAGUUCUUCUCAACCUUCACUCAGCUGAGAGAACUUGACCUGCGAGGAAAUGUUCUCACCAAACUGCCUGAAGCCGUGGGAGGAAUGGAGCAUUUAACCUGCAUCAAUCUGUCUUAUAACAGCUUCUCCAUCUUCCCUGAUAAGAUUACUGAAAUAGCAACACUGGAGAGGAUUAACCUGGAGGGAAAUAGCAUCACUGGAAUACCAGUGGAGAAGUUGUCCAACAUGCCAGCAAUGAAGUGGCUGAACGUGAAGUCAAACCCUUUGGACUCAAACACUCAGUCUGCUCUGCAAUCUCCAAACAAUUUUGAAACAGAGUCCUAAAAUAUGUCAUAUUUCAUAUUUACCCACCUAUGGACUGCAUGCUGUGUGCCUUUUAACUACUUCAGUCGGUUGCUUUGGUGUGCCUGAGAGAUGAGGAAAACUUCAAAUGCUUGAAGAUAUUGAACUAAAGAUUUCACAAUGGGUUUACAGGGAAAAAGAAAACGGAGGAGUAUAAUUAAAGAUGGCGUCCUCCUUCAUUGACUUUUAUCAGUUCUGGAUAAACCACACCGAGCGGCCUCUACUUUUUCCUCGCUGCGUGAACUACAAAGAGCUGAAGUUGAUGUUUUGAGAUGAAAUCAAUCCAUCUUUUGUACACCAUUUGCCAUGUUAAGUCUCUAAAUAAUUACUUAUUUAUUACUUUUGAUAGUAUAAAAAAAAGUUUUUUUCAAUUAAAAAUGAUGCACUGGAAACUA